AUGGAACGGUUCGAUGUAGCUGUUGUCGGCCUGGGUGCUCUUGGAAGUGCGGCGGCAUACCACGCUUCUCUCAAGGGCGCCAAGGUUAUCGGUUUCGAGCAAUUCGAGUUUGGCCACGUUCGCGGAGCUUCCAGUGAUACUUCUCGUAUCGUCAGAACUUCAUACGGAGAGCCCGAGUACGUGGCACUCGCUCGAUCGGCUUACAAGGACUGGGCCGACCUGGAGCGAAGAACUGGCCAGGAGCUGUUGACCAUCACUGGCGGCAUCAUCUUCUUUCCCCCAAACACUGGCCACAAGAUGUUCUCUAUCGAGGGAUACACAAAGAGUCUCGACCUUAACGGGGUUCCUUAUGAGCUUCUCUCUGCUCAAGAAGCGAACAAGCGGUGGCCUCAGUUCAAAGUCCCUGAAAACGUCCAGGCUGUCUACACUGCCGACUCUGGUAUCGCCCACGCCUCAAAAUCAGUCUCGGCUAUGCAGUUCCUGGCUCGCCAACACGGCGCCGUUCUCAAGGAGAGGACUCCAGUUGACCGUGUCACACCUGAUGGCGCUGGUACCGGCGUUGUCAUUGAGACACCCAAGGGAAAAUUCCAUGCCAAGAAGGUCAUCCUCGCAACUGAUGCCUGGACCAACAAGCUCUUGAAGCCUCUCAAGGCAGAAAUUCCUCUUGAUGUGAUGCAAGAGCAGGUGACCUAUUUCAGACCAAAGGACUCAGAUCUGCGAAGCUUUGAGCAAGACAAGUUCCCCGUCUGGAUCUGGGGCGGCGUUCCCAGCUUCUACGGCUUCCCCAGCUAUGGCGAGCCAACAAUCAAGGCUGGCCGGGAUACCUCAUACAACCGCAUGACCCCCGAGGAACGAACCUACAUCCCCUCGCCAGAGUUGUCAAAGGAGCUCCAAGACUUUAUGAGCAACACAAUACCUGGCAAGGGUGAGCCCAUGCGAACGGUGACCUGCCAGUACACUAUCACACCGGACCGCCAGUUUAUCAUCAGCCCGUUGGAGAAGCACAAGGAUGUCAUUGUGGCCUUGGGUGCUGCGCAUGGAUUCAAGUUUGCACCUGCGAUUGGUCGUGCUGCUGCUGAGCUGGCGAUUGAUGGAAAGUCUACCAAUGACCUGUCUCUCUUUGGGGUUCCCAAGGUGGAUGCACCUAGCAGCAAGCUGUAG